AUGUCAGCUCCUCACAUUCCGAACCUUAGUACUCUCCGGAGAGGCGGUGGAAGAGGCCGUGGGAGAAGCAGGGCUGGUUAUCACGGCGCAGGGCAUGGAGCGGCCAUCUCAAACGACAAGGUGGUGCAGCAGACGGAUAACGAUGCCAGCGUCUCGAGACUCAGCGCUGUAGAACAGGGCUAUCUUCACGAUCCUUUUGCCUCUAUUUUUGCGUCUGAGGCGGCAGAGGCUCGAAGAUAUCCUAUUAUUAACAGGGGAACAUACGUACGGACAACCUCGAUCGACAAACUGGUAUCCAGGUUCCUCCGUACAGACGAAAGGAAGAAACAGAUAGUCUCACUCGGAGCAGGGUCAGAUACCCGAGCAUUCCGACUGUUGUCUGAGAAUCCCGCGCUGGAACUGAUAUACCACGAGCUCGACUUUGCGGAAAACACGACCUCGAAGAUCACGAAGAUCCUCUCCUCUCCACUUCUACUUGACGCUCUUCGCAUCACAGGCCGAGAAGAAGUGACCACGUCUCCCAAUGGCGAUGCGUUUCACUCGGAAUACUACCACAUUCACCCCAUAGAUCUACGAACACUCACAGCUUCUUCCACGUCCGGCCCCAGCCGCGCGCAUCUACAAGAGAUCGAUAUAGAUAUACCGACGCUGUUGAUCUCGGAGUGUUGCCUCGUGUAUCUGUCCCCGGUCGAUGCUGUUAACGUGGUUUCCUACUUCACAAAUAACCUAUUCUCAUUAGAGGGUAGGCCGAGCACGCCUCUUGCGCUGAUUAUAUACGAGCCCAUCAGGCCCGAUGACCCGUUUGGACGGACGAUGGUGAGCAACCUAGCUGCUCGUGGGAUCCAACUGCAGACGUUGCAUCGCUAUGCGACGCUGCAGGCCCAGAGGGAGCGUUUACAGGGCCACGGGUUUUCGAGCGGCCAGGGAGUCGCCGAUAUAGAUUAUAUAUGGGAGAAGUGGAUCGGGGAGGACGAGAAGAGCCGGGUUGCUGGACUUGAGAUGCUAGAUGAGAUCGAGGAAUGGCAAUUGCUCGCACGACACUACUGUGUUGCCUGGGGAUGGCGCGACAACCAGUCAACGGCCGGAAGCCAAGAAGAAAAUCUUCCGACUGACGAGCUCUUCCAUGGCUGGCGAGAGUUUCCGUCACAAUGA